AUGGUAACUAUAACAACAAAAAUAAAACUUCUUAUAUGAGGAUUGCAAAUAAGUUAGUCUUUGACAUCCAGGCAGAUGUAAUAGGGUGUAACAGUGCCCUCAGGAGGACAUUAUUGCGACUGCUUCUACUUUCCCUGCCAAUUCUUUCUACUUAAAAUCCCAGAGGGGACACAGAAGACUGAUUUUUUUCCGACUUAAUCAUCUGCUGCAAACUGUUCAUUUCCUUUUCCUCCUUCCCCUAGGAAAAACGGGUGACGGUCUGUUCGGCGCUCCUGUGCAGAUGGACGGCCAAGGCCACCAGUCUCCAGAAUGUGUGGAAAAGCCACCCCUCCCCCCUCAUUGGGACCCUUCUCUGGAGGCUCUUCAGCUGACUGAGGCCCUCCGGGCCCUGCUGGAGGGCCAGGAGUGCGAGGAAAAACAGGAGGCCCUUAGAAAGCAAGUCUCUCAUGAUACAGCGAGUGUUGUACUCGAAUGGCUACAAAGGACUGAAGUGAGUCUUUCAUAUCCGAAUUACACAACACUGUUCAAGAGAAAUAAAAAACACACAUUUCAACAUAAAUAUAUGGAAUACUGGGAAACUGUUGAAAAUGUUCAGUCUAGCUCUAACACUACAGAGUCCAUGGGUUUUAUUAGUUACUGUUUGAUCCUGGUCAUAAACAUCUGGAGGCUGUUUUCCUCACUGCUAAGAAAAGAGCUGGAAGCAGGAUCUAUAGUAAACACCAAAGGUAAUGAGAUCCAGAACUCCUGUUUAAAGCACAAGCAGUUCCAUUUUCCCUUUUAUAAUCUCCCCAGUUUCCUGAGUCUCCUUAGAAAAAAAAAAAAGUAUUUAUUUCAGGCAUCCCAGACAAUAUUUACUUGCUAGAGUAAAUAUUGCCACUUUUACUCUCUAACCUCCCCCCUCUACUCUGUCCUCAUCUGUGUCGUCUUUACUGAAUUCCACAUAUGAGAAGCAUGUGCUGUGAAGGUUUCCUCUCCCCUGAGCCCCUUUAGGGAAGCCAUGCGAAAUUAGCUUUGACUGAUGGGUGUUGCAAGACAGAGCACCGGGAAGACACCUUGAGAGGGAAGAGGGGACGGAGGACAGGUUUAGGAGAGAAAACACAUGCUAUGUGAAACUUGAACAGAUAUGCCAAACAAUGAAGGAAAGAGAGACAGACAAAGGGGGGGAAAAAGGCAGUUGAGACGUAGAAGAAAGGAGGGGGUUAAGAAAGGGAGUAUAGCCAACUGGCAUAGUUUGACUUUUUCAGCUCUGAAAGUCACAGGCAGCCCAGACUCCAAACCACAUGGACCUCAAGCUUUUGCAGCAGGCUCUACAACAUCACUGCCUGUGAUAGAAGCAGAUGGUAGUCAAGAGCAUUUGUUUCCUUUUGCUCUGGAUGUGUGUGCUCCUCCUCCACGGGGCUUUACAGCACAGACUAAAAUCUAUUUAAACAGUACAAUCCAGAGCCUGCCUACAAUGGGCCUGCAAUAUGGAGUAUCAUAUUGAUUUCUAUAAGCAUUUUGCCUGGCUGCGAAAGGAAAACCCACGCUCAAGCUCUAUCAGUGAGUCCUACCAAGAGAGGUUAUCGCGUCUAGAAGGAGACAAAGAGUCACUAAUUCUGCAGGUGGGUGUGCUGACUGAUCAGGUGGAGGCUCAAGGGGUGAAGAUCAACGAUUUAGAAAGUGCCUUAGCGGAGUAUCAGCACAAGCUCAACUGCACAGAGGAGAUGCUACAGCAGGAGCUACUGCGUAGAACGUCACUGGAGAACCAGAAGCUCAAUCUUAUGGGGGAGGUUUCCUUCCUGAAACUGAAGCUGUCAGACAUGGAGGGAAAGCACGACCUGGGGUCUGAGAGGCAGCAGAAAGCAAGCCUUGGAGAUCCCAGCUGACAGCAGGUGUCCAGUGGUGUGCUCACACCUUGAGGUGUCCUAUGACAGAACCUCAGGGGGAACGAACAAACUAGAAGAUGCUUCAGAUGGGCCUGAUGGGAACUCACACAGCGCGACAGAGGCUAGCACAGAUGCAGAGCAGCGGUGCCACUGCCGAGGAAAAAGUAUCUUAUUGAAGGAACUCAGGCUUCUCAAGGACAAAGUUGAAAAUCUGGAGGACCAGAAGCUGCAGUAUGAGAAGAAACUCAAAGUAACUAAGGUUGAGAUCAACAGCCUUCAGAAGCUUUUGCUCAGUAAAAAUGCUGAAAUCGAGAGCCUGCACACUCAGCUGAUGGCCAGACCUUCACUUAACUCCGACAGCUCAGACAGAGAUCAGGAACUGCAGCGACUUAAGACUGGAAUGAAAUCACUAUUAGCUGCCAAUGAUGAAAAGGACCGGCGCAUUGAGGAGCUCACUCUGCUACUUAAUCAGAGCAGACAGUUCAGGGAAGCUCCUCACAACUCCAGGCAAGCCCCCUCUGCUGUUCAUUCUCUGUCUAACGGUCGGAGUCCUUCAGUAAGCAGUGAAGAAGGAGAGCACGGCUCAAACAAAAACGCUGACUCUGCAAGUGCCAAAUCUGACGAUCUUAAGUCAGAAGUCUCAACAAACAGUAAUUCCUCCCAGCAAGCAUCUCUUUUAUUAGUUUUGAAGGAAAUUGAUUCUAGAACAGAACCACAGAAUUCAUCAGACAGCAUGAAUGACUUGACAGAUGAACACCUGCCAAAGGGUGGUCUGGGUGACAGUAAAAGUCAGACUUUGCCUGUGAAAGCCUCUUUGUCCGAGCAAACUGGCACAGGGGAGACCGGCACAGAAAUCCAGAGGUCUCCAGAUGGGAGUGAAGAUGGAGACUCCAGCCAAAGCACGCUGGAGAGAGCUGAUGACAGCACAUCCAGUGAUAAUUCCCCUGCGCACUGUGGGACGAGCACUCAGCCUGGCCACCGCGCUGUGGGCUCCUCGGAGUACAUGAAGAACAACCGGAGCUUCAAGAGGCUCUGGGGGAAACUUCGAAGAACCCAGUCCGGAGGUUUCCAAGCAGCAGAUCCAGAUGCCAGUCAGUUCAGAAGAGGAGGUCUGCGUGCAACGGCAGGACCCCGGCUCACAAGGUCCCCUGAGCAUGACUCUGCGCGAGAUAUGAAUAUUCCAUUCAGCCAGUGGACCAAAGAGCAAGUGUGUGGCUGGUUAGAGGACUAUGGUCUGGGCCAAUAUGUCACUCUAACCAGACAGUGGAUUGAGCAUGGCCAGACCCUUCUAUCUGCAGCACCACAGGACUUUGAAAAGGAGAUGGGCAUGAAGCAUCCACUCCACAGGAAGAAGCUGCAGCUCGCUCUGAGGGCAUUCACCACUAAAAUUACAGAGAAGUCUUCUGAACUGGACCACAUCUGGGUCACCCGCUGGUUGGAUGAUAUUGGUUUACCUCAGUAUAAAGACCAGUUCCAUGAAGCUCGAGUAGAUGGUCGGAUGUUACAAUAUCUGACUGUGAAUGACCUCUUGACCCUGAAGGUCACCAGCCAGCUUCAUCAUCUCAGCAUCAAAUGUGCUAUUCAUGUCCUUCAUGUCAACAAGUUCAACCCAAAUUGUCUUCGACGCAGGCCGGGUGAAGAGAAGCAGCCCUCCCCAUCAGAGGUGGUCCAGUGGUCAAACCAUCGAGUGAUGGAGUGGCUCAGAGCAGUGGAUCUGGCUGAAUAUGCUCCUAAUUUACGGGGCAGUGGCGUCCAUGGUGGACUGAUUAUCCUGGAGCCUCGUUUUAGCUCGGAAACUUUGGCCCUGCUCUUAAAUAUUCCUCCCCAGAAGACUCUGCUUCGCCGUCAUCUCGCCACAGCCUUCGCUGCUCUAGUUGGGCCCCAAGCUAUGCAGGAAAAACGAGAGUAUGGCAAUGCCACAGGGCAUGUUCCUCUCACUACAACUGCUAAAGUAAAACCAAAGAAGUUAGGGUUCACCCAAUUCAGUCAUCUCAGAAAGAGAAGACCUGACGAUGCCGACUAUAUCUGCCAAAUAGACAGCGGAGCACUGACAGUCAACGGAGUUUCUCGUUUAUCCUCCACAGCACACCGAGGCCUCAGCCCUACUUUGGACAGGCAGGUUGAGAAGUGAGGGAGGGGGCACAGUAACAGCUCAAACCUCACUGUUAAUCAAAGAUAACUGUACUACGUGUGCCAAUCAAUCAAUAUCUUGUAAGGUCCGAAACAAAAUCCAUUCAGGAUGCAACAAUGAGGUGAUUUGCUGAAAGGACUGCAAACAGGCUGUAUUCACAUAGUGCAGGGGCUUUUACCAGUUAUUUAAUCUGUUAUUGCUGUAAUUUUGCAAUGAUUGCUGACAUAAUGUGGCUCCCUGCAUUCCUUUGUCAAAUAGAUUCUGAAGCUUAUACUUUUGCUAUUUACACUUUUGGAUAAUUUUGUAACUAAUAUUCUGCAGAUUUUUCAUAUCUACAGUCAAGCCUAAAAUGAUUUUUGUUCCUGGCAAAUUUUGACUUCAAAUUAUUCAACCAUAUUUUUUCCUGAUUAGACAUAAAGCAAGCAUCUCUUUAAAAAAUUCAAAGAGAAUGCACUUGCUCCACAUUUUCCAGGGUUAAUAAAACGUUUUGACUUAACUGCAGGUUGCCUGUACAGUAUAUUUUAUAUCAGUUUCUUUAAGCAUGAGUAUUUUCAUUAUUUUGACUCUUUAUAGUAAAACACAGUAGAGUUCUGCACUUUAAAAUAAAGCUUCUGUUUAAACAA